AUAAAUUCCAUUUGAUAGAAACCAAGAAACCCCACCACUACACAGGCCAAGAAAACACACACACAAUGGUCACCUCACCCAACCUCAAAACUCUGCACCCUCUUCAAGUUUUCUCAGCAAAGACACCAUCUUCCACCCUGAGCUCCAUGAAGAUCAAAACCCUUAUCCACACACUCAUUAUCUCCCACGUGUGCAGGAUCGUUCGAGCUCUCUCUAAAGCAAAAUCCAUUCUUGCUCAGAUCCUUAAAGAAAGCCAGCCAAUAAACCUCAUUUGCUCCACAAAGGCAAUCAAAAGGAAGCACAGGCAAAGGAAGGUAUUUUUUGGAUCAUUUAGAUUACACUAUAACUGGUGCUCUUCUCAUGUUUUGCCAGUGCAAGAACCUGUAGUUGUUGGUGGGUACUAUGACUCAACGUGGAAUUCUGUAAUUACAACAAGUGAGGAAAAUCCAGAGUCUCAGCUUUCAGGGUAUCUUCAUUGGCUGGAAGAUCAGAAGGUUCAAGACAAGUCUAAUGAUAAUAAUAACGGAGAUGAUGAUGAUGAGGGUGAUGUGAAUGAGAUCGAUCGGCUAGCAGAAAUGUUCAUUGCGAGCUGCCAUGAAAAGUUCAGGCUGGAGAAGCAAGAGUCCUACAGGAGAUUCCAGGAGAUGAUGGCUAGAAGCAUGUGAAAGUGAUCUCAUAUUUCUGCUUGUUUUUUCUUUCCCAUUCUUCUAUGUUAAUUACAUUGGUGGGGUGUGGAAAGUACAUAGUCAUAUGGGAGUUCAAGCACAUGCAUUAAUUGAGGGCUAAUUUUAAUUUUUUGCUUUCCUAAUUUUCUUUCUUUUUUUUUUUUUAGUUUUUAUACUUUAUUUUGUAAUGAUGGGUCUGGAGAAUUGUACAUGGGGGGAGAUUAGAGAAGCCAAUUGUGCAAUUCUCAUCUUGAAAUGGUUUUGCAAUGGCAGAAUGGUAGAACUUAGAAGUG